UACAUGCUAGUCAUCCGAAAAAUGACAAAUGAAUACACCCAGCAAAAAUAACACAAUGAAUAAUGCGCUCGGGUUUAGGACGAAGUAGUUUACCAUAUGAAGAAAAAGACAGACCCAGUUGGAAUGAUUCAUCAAUUAAAGUACGCGAUGUUGUAACCGCCAUACAUCAGAAGUACCUUACCAUGGAGUAGGCAGACUUGGAAUGAGCGAGAAGCAAAGUGUGGGCCGAGUGACGCCGACAGACCUGAGGCAGCGUUCGAAUGUGAGGCUAUUUAAAACACUGCGCAAGCCCCCUGGCACCGAGUCGACGGCUAAUGAUCAGUGCUGCCUUGUCUACCGUACAGUGCGUAUCGUCUCUGUGAACUGUGUUUACACAAGAAACAACUCCGUCAGUGUUUACUUAGUUGUUACAAGUUUCUUCAGCAAUACACGUGAAAAUGGCUGACAGUGGUCUCAAGAGAAAUAUCCCCAUCAAAUUAGGCGACUUUUCUGUCAUCGAUACCGAAUUCUCAAGCAUCAGGGAGAGAUUCGACGCUGAAAUGAGAAAGAUGGAAGAAGAAAUGAGCAAAUUCAGAUCAGAACUUAUGAACAGAGAAAGCAACAAUUUCUUCAAGAGCACAACAAGGUCUUACAAUUUCGAAUCUGUUUCUUCCGGAGGAGUAACCAAGUCAUCGGAAAGUUCUACCACAUCGUCACAGCACAGCGACAGCAGACAGUUGGCUGAGCCCAGUCACUGGGACAGUCUCAACUCACCUCUCAUCCAGGAUGAGGGAGACGGCAAAUCCCUAAAACUUCGCUUUGAUGUCAGUCAGUACACACCUGAAGAGAUCGUGGUCAAGACAGUUGACAACAAAUUAUUGGUCCACGCGAAACACGAGGAGAAGUCGGAUACCAAGUCCGUGUACAGAGAAUACAACAGGGAGUUCCUGCUGCCUAAGGGCACCAAUCCAGAGGCCAUCAAGUCUUCUCUCUCUCGAGAUGGAGUCCUCACAGUGGAGGCGCCUCUUCCACAACUGGCUAUCACCGAUAGGAACAUCCCUAUCCAGCAAAAACACUGAACGGCAGCUUAGCCCACGACAGCAGCUAUUCCAUACUACUGUUAAUAAUUUAUUAUAAUUUAUGUUUCUAAGGAGUAUUGGCGAUAUUCUCUUAUAUUUUAGACUUAUAGGGAAUCUCAAAAUUUAUUAACACUAUUUUAAUUGGUCAAUUACUCGCGAUAUUCCAUCUGUCACCGUAGAGCACAGAGCAUUCUGCACUGUAUCUGAAUGUUGCUUUAGUGACAUUGCUUUCACUGUGAUUGUUAGGAACAUGUGCAUUCAUCUAUGCAUUUCCGUUACUACCUAUGGAUAUUCCGCUGGUAAUGAAACCGCAUAGAGAAAUUAAUUUAUUUUGACUCAGUAAUAUGAUAACCCCGUCAAUAAGAGACUAUAGCAUUUAUUGGAGCUUAAAACGUGUUCAUUGAAAAGUUAUAUAUCAAUGGUAUUUGAUAUUAUGAUAUAAAGGGCUUACCGGUAAAAGCAACAAGGAUUUCAAAACAAGUGUCUUAUUUAUCUACAUGUUACGAAGGUCCAUUUUGCUUAACAUUUACCAGUUAUGGUAACUAAUGUUAUUUCGAUACACCAAUUUAACAGCUUUUAACUUGAUACACAUUUAUAUUUUAGUACAAACCGUUGUUAUGAAAGUUUAGAUAUCAAUAAAAUAUAAAACAGCAA